GUUUAUAGGCGGUCAGUUUAGAGUGGUAGUCGUACUUCACUUGUGCUGUCUCAAUCCCAUUUGUCGAACUGUCUGUGGGUGGAAAUUAAUUGAAACUACAAUUAUGUGGCGUUAUUAUUGAUAAUUAUCUCAAAUCUUUUUACAUUGUUUGUAAACUUAUGGUGAAUCGUGACAUAUUGCUUUUAUGUAUAAGUUUCCGGUUUAAUGAUAAAGGCAAAAAGCUUGUAAUCACUUCACCCUAGUAGACUUUUUCUCAUGUUACUUGCCAUAUAAAACGAUAGGAAGCCCCCUGAUUGUAAUUUUGAUGGACUGUAGGCAAAUGCCGUUCAAUUUUGACCAAACGUACCUCAGUCAACUUUAAAUGGACGUUCAGAGUUUUUACUUAUGAUCGCAUAAAGGCCUAUUUGGAUUCAGUAAAAUCGAGUCUUAUGGGUCUUAAGUAUCUUAUGUGAAAGCGGCUUCUCGAUGAAGCUAAGUAUUACUGUGUUUAAUCACUUCAAAUUUCACUCAUUCUCGGUAUUUGUUUUCUGCUUUUGAAGAGACACUCACCAAGGAUUAUGUACGUACUCAGGUGAGUAGAUAGUGCACCCAUUCCUAUUGCCUUGUAGACGGACAGUAUUUUUUUUCGAGUAUAUCUAUUUUUGCUGGUGUGUCUGACCAUCUUCAGCAACGAUGCAAGCAUAUUCCUAAUGCAGUUCUGCCCCUCGAAGCGCAAAAUUUUGCUUCACGAUUGGCUUGAGUCGGCACCCGAACUAGUGACGGGGAGUGAAGCAGUUGAACGUGUUGACCGCUUUACUUAUCUUGGGAGCCUCAUCAAUGCUGAUGGCCUGGUGUCUGACGAAAUCUCAACACGGAUACAGAAGGCUCGAUUGGCUUUUGCCAACUUGCGUCACUCGUGUCGCAGGCGAGAUAUCCGUUCGCUAACCAAAGGAUAAGUCUACUGCGCAGUUGUUCUCUCCGUCCUCCUUUAUGGCUGUCAUACAUCGCCAGUAAGAGUAGAGCAUAUUCUUAGGCUAUUAAUAAUAUCAUUGUUAUUAUUAGUCGAAGCAUUGCUCGUGUAUCCUGUGACAACCGAGUAAGCAAUGUUGUUGUUAGGAGACGAGUACUAGGUACGGAUAGCAGAUCAAUAGAUGAAGUAGAGAAACUUCAUCAGUUGACGUGGUUGGGGCAUGUGUUGCGUAUGCACAACCACCGACUGCCUCAAAGAGUUAUGUUUUAUGGUGGUAUGUGUAGACUACCUGGUUGGGGCUCGCGAUGCGAAAGUCACCGAUGGUUAGAGAACUUGAAUGACAUAGCUUAAAAUCGUUUGCAUUGGCUCAGGUUCAUCCAUACUUUGUGUUCCUUCAAAUUGUAAUCUUCUGAAUUCCUCACCACCUUUAUCUCUCUUUUUUGAAGUUAUUCUAAUGUAUUAUGUAUGUGGGCUUGGAAUAAAAAGUUACAAGGUCAUUAUUGUGUAAGAUCAAAUACACCUUGUGAAUAACCUCGGACAGAUCUUUAGAAGCAAUUUUAACGUUUUUUUUUUUUGAAAUUAGACCUCUGAUUUAAGGAAGCUUUUAAUUUUAUUUUAAUAAAAAGUUAAGUAAUCAUUUGAGUUAACAUUUAGCAAAUCUUUUUAUGGCUUCUGACUUAUGAUCACUGUUAGAUUAUGAGGACAUGUGAGGUUUAUCGUCCAUUCCCUUCAGAAUCUGAAGACAACAUCGACCGAAAGGUCAAUAAUUUUCCGGUCACAAAAUCCAGUGUUUUACAUGUAGUUAUUUCAGAAUCAGAGUUGACCGAAUUGCCAUUACCAACAUGUGUAUGCGAGCUCUGCGGAAUCAAAGUGAAGACGAAGGCUAACUUGCGGGCUCAUCAGAUUAAAACCCACAAAAUCAUGAAGGAUGCUAAAGAUGUAGCAUUUUUUUCGAAGCAAAGGUAUGACGUUAGUUAUAUCUAUCAUUGUCCUGUGGCCACAUGUAAACACAACAUUAACUUAGGCGGAGGAUUCAGCACCCACUGGAGAUUAAAACAGCAUUACCAGCAUGUUCAUAUGCAGAAAAGUUACCAGUGUAGCAACUGUAAACAUUUUUUCCCUACUCCCUCAUAUCAUGCGUAUCACCAAAAGCUCUGUGGAGCAACACAUUCUUGUUCAGUUUGUUUCAAGUCUUAUUCAAGUAAAAAGCAUUUACUUCAGCAUUAUAGAAGAAGUGGACAUUGUAGAAAUUUAACUCCUAAUUCUACUCCCGAAGUCGAAAAUAAUCCAAGCAAACCUCCUACGAGGCACACAUCAAUUUCAAGCUCAGAUGUUACAUGUGAUCCAAUCACUUUCAAUGGGUCACGUAAUCCAGUAAUUCUUCCACUUCUUAUUGUACCAAUUCCUGUACCAAACGUAAAUGGUAUGAAUGUGGAAAAUCUAAACACCAGUGUUGUGGGUUGCUUAAAUAUGAAUUUAAUUCGCACAAGCGCUCUUUCAGCUCUUCGUACUCUUUCAACACAAAUUUCUCCUAAUCCGAAUGUCCAGGUUAAUCUAUCUGAAUCAGUAAUAAAUUCGAGCGAUACGUUGGUAGUUUUGAAACCGAAUCUAGAAAAUUUAUGCAGUACUGACUCAGUCCCUGAAAGUAAUCUUUCUUUGGAGGCGUCAACACAAACAGAACAGUCAUAUACACCGAUCACUGUAUCACAACCAUGCUCUAAUACUCUUCAAACACAUGAACUUGUAUCUGUGAACACAUGCACUGAUGAGGAUGAUAUCAGUUCAUUCAUUGGUGGUCUCUUCUGUAAUGCUGAGGUAGAAGCCAACUUUUCCCAGUCAAGCACAGUAGAUGAUAACUAUGACAUUAAAGAAGAAAAAAUGUUAAGUGGGGGCAAACUGAUCACCUUGGAUUCUCUCAAUAAACAUCACUCUUGUUCAUCAGUAAAGUCAGCCGAGAAUUCCAUUCAGGUGAAUGAAUAUACCUCUCUUACUGGGUGCUUAAAUAGUGGGGUGGAUCAGGAAAUUCAAGCUAUGUUACUACCAUUGCGUGAAAAUGCUGCAAUGCAAACCGAUGUUGUGGAAAAAUUAAAUGCUGAAGUCGCCACUCACUACCCUCAUGUCGAUCGUAGUACAUAUUUUACUCCAAGCAGAAUGCUUGAAACACCACCUCCUCCUAUGCUACAAAGUACUGUUUCACUUGGAACUCAUUUAAGUACUGCAUGCCAGACUUUACAUCGCUUUUUGGAUGAAGCAAAAGUUUCUGACGGUCAACCCCCUCUUAUAGAGACAUUAAACAUGGAUACAACAAGUGACACUGGUACUCAAGGCUGUGCUAAUGUACCAAAUUACCCUGGAUAUGAUUCACCUAGUUCAACAGAUCCAGUGUUACAAUGCCUUCCAUCAUCUACGUCUAUCGAUUCUUCUGUGCAAACUAAUACUGUUCCAACUUCCUGUGAUAAUUCACAGUAUUGCAAUUUAAACACUGUGGAAACGACAACACAUGACUGGUCAGCCAGCGUAGACUUCACUCACAAUGAAACUCAAACAAUUGAUGAAGACAUAGAAUUAUGGUUGAAUAGUGUUGAAACACAAACAAAUAUAGCGUUAUUUGAUCCCAGUUUCUUCUCAGAUAUAUGUGUUGGAGUGGAUAAUAACUUCUUCCAAUCUUAG